AUGCUCUUUGUGCCGUUGUUUGUUUCGUACCUGCUGGCUGCUCCGUUGGGCGCCUUUGCGUCUCCUUUGGUGGAGUCGCGCGCGAAUGGGAUUGAUCAGACGACCUAUGACAAUCUUGUGCGGUACACCAAGUAUUCCUCUGCUGUGUACCAGUGGUUAUGCCCAAAACCUCUUGGGAACAAGCUUAUCGACCAGUUUGAUGUUUCUGGUACGCAAGGCUUUGUUGCGCGAGACGACUCCAGGAAGGAGAUCGUCAUCGCUUUCCGAGGGACCGGAGAACUCAAAGACGCCUUCGUCGACCUCCAAAUCAUAAUGAAACCCCUGCAAAUAACCGGCCUCACAACGUCCGUCAGCGGCGCGCAAGCACACACAGGCUUCCAGUACGCAUACAACGUCGCGGCGUCGACGGUGCUCAAAACCGUCAAAGCGCAGGCUGCAGCGUAUCCGACGUAUACGAUCGUUGUGACGGGCCAUUCGCUUGGAGGCGCUGUUGCGGCGCUUGCGGCGGUUUCGAUCAAGGCGGCUGUUAAUCCUAAGGCGGGGUUGAAGUUGUAUACUUAUGGUCAACCGAGGACUGGGAAUGCAGCGUUUGCAACUUAUGUGGAGAACACGAUUGGUGUUAACAAUAUCUUCCGCGCUGUACACACCUACGAUGGUGUACCGACUAUCUUGUUCAAGGAGCUUGGGUAUCGUCACUUUGCUACUGAGUACUGGCAAUACCAGGAAUCUCCUAGCCCGGCGAACGUGAAGAAGUGCAGUGGAGGUGACGAUCCGAGCUGCAGUGACUCUAUCCCUUCUACGUUUAUCAAUCCGGCGCAUAUUGUGUAUUUCGGGCAGGCUAUGGCGCUUAACCCGCUGCUGUGCAUUUGA